AUGUCACCUCGAUUUAGUGAUAGCAACUUGUUUAAACCAAUCAAAGUGGGUGACGGGAAAAUAACUUUGAAUCAUAGGGUUGUACAUGCUCCAACAUCUAGAUCUAGAUCUACAGGCGAUGGAAGUCAUUUCCCGACCGAUUUGAUGCUUGAGUACUAUGACUCAAGGUCAAGAAGUAAAGGUACCCUCAUCAUAUUUGAAUCUUGUUUAGUGUCCCCACGCAGUGGACUUGUUCCUUAUAAGUCAGGAGUAUGGUCCAAGAAUCGUUGCAAAGCGUUAAAGAAAAUUACCGACAAGAUUCACGCAAAUGGAUCAUACGUUUCGUGUCAGAUAUUUGCUCCUGGUAGAGUAGCAAAUAUCGAAGAAAUGAAGGAAAAAAAUCUUCCCUAUACUGCACCUUCUUCCAUUUACCAUUCCAAAACCCAGGAAGAACAAGCAACAACACACAAUUAUCCUUUGCGAGCACUAACCAUCGAGGAGAUUAAGGAAAUCCAAGACGAUUUUGUACAAGCUGCUAUAAACUGCAUUGAAGAAGCAGGCUUUGACUUUGUUGAGCUUCAUGGCUCUUCAGGUUUCCUUAUAGAACAGUUUCUCUCGCCGAUUUCCAAUACCAGAAAUGAUCAAUAUGGAGGCUCAGUUGAAAAUAGGUGCAGAUUUCUUAUAGAAAUUGUAGAAAAGUUGAUUGAACAUGUUGGUGCUUCAAGAAUUGGCUUACGACUUAGCGCAUGGUCCCAGCAUUUUGGUAUGGUUUAUCCUGAAAAUGUUUAUACUGAUCACCCGCCAUUAACUUUUUGUAACUACAUUGUUGAAUACCUUGAGCAAAAGAAAAAUAAAGGUGACGAAAUUGCAUAUGUCUCCAUCUCAGAGCCAAGAGUAUCAGGAUCAACUGAUCAGGACCCGAAGGAUCAUACAAAUGAGCCAUUGAUCAAUCGAUGGAGCGGAAUUCUUAUUCGUGCAGGUGGAUACGCAACCAACUAUAAAGCUCAAGUCAAUACUAUUAACACCUCGCUUCUUGAACAUGUCAAUAGCGAUGACCGAACCUUAAUUGCGUUCUCAAGGCCGUUUACUUCUAACCCAGACCUUGUUGAGAGGCUUCGAAAAAACUUCAAGUUGGAUAAUUAUCAAAGAGAGUUUUUCUAUACCCACCUGUUGAAUGGGUACUUGACCUAUGGUGAUUACAUAGAUGAACAAUUGGAUUCAAAUCGCUUGAUUUUCACAGACAGCGAGUUGAAUCGCGAAGGCGUGCCCCUUGCUUGA